AUGAUGGUAGCCAGCCAUGAUACCAGCACGAGGGUGUGCGACAAUAUUGAACAACAUAAGAAGGAUACGAAGACGUGCGCAGCAAGAACAUCGCGCAAGGCAGAAAAAAAGAGACAAAAUGAUGAAAUGGAAAUCAAGAAGUUGAAUGAGCAACUCGAAAAAUAUCACAAGGAGAACCAGGAACUGAAAAUUCAGCUCGUGAAAUCUCAAGCCGACCAUUCCCAGUACAAGCUGCGGGCAGCUAAAGCAGAAGAGGCAUUGGAAAGAACUCAGCACAUUCUUACACAGUUGAUGACUAAGCUGCCACCAAGUUCGCACCUGACCAACAAUGUUGAUACCAAGUCUGGGGGCACCCUGUCUUCGGCCAGCUGGUUGACUAUUACGCCUCGCUUGAAUGGCCAUACCCAAUCAUGGCCUUGCUUAUCACCAGUAUCGCCAACGUCAGGGAAAGACUGGUCAGGAAUUUCCCCGAGCGCCUUUGAAUUGACGUGGAAGAAAGAUUAG